AAAAGGGCUGAGUGGUUAAAAAACAGCUCCAAGUGGUAUAAAUACAAAUAUGAAUAAAACAAACUUGUAUGGAAAAACAUUAUUGCAACAGUAGGCUAACCACUUUUUAAUAAAAAUAACACAUUUGGAACAUGUUUGGUGUUUGGUCAUAAAACGCUGCAACAUUAAAUAAUCCAGAGGAUUCAGUCUUAUUUUGUCAUGAUCAAAUAACUUGUAUGGGGCAGGUGUGUAAGAAAUAAAACACACCUGAUGCAGUAGAAACAUUAUCUAACAUUAACUGUAAGCAGUCAGUCUUUCACUCUAGUCACUCUGCAGCAGUAAUGUUGCUGCCCUUGUGCUGAAUCUCUUAGCAACAGAAACCUGUUUACCUACAAAACCAACACAAGACAGAGAGGUGGACAAACAGCCUGGAGUUGAAGCAGUGCGCACAUGCCCUGAGGAUUUUUGCCAUCCAUCACUGUUGUCAGUGAGGGUUUCCAUUACAGCAGUCACAGAUGGCUGAGCAGGGGAGGAUAGUCAUGCCGACUGUCGGAGCAACAGGCAGCAGGGGAGGACUGACCGACAACACAGUCAAACUCUGCAACACGUCUUAUAGAACGUCAUAUGGAUUCAAAACAGAUCCAGGCAGGGCGAACUUCACUUCUUACCUCAGACCGCCCAGUGGAUCAGGCUUCACAUCAAACCAGAGACCUGCCAUUUAUUACAGGCCAUGUUUGGAUCACGUUGACAACCCUCAGUUUGGACUCCUGUUAUCUGACAGCUUCGUGUCUCAAACUCAACGACACUACCAGCAUCACAUCCAGUCUGAUUGUUCGGGGUCUUUGCCAAACCUCAUUAACAAACCCAGAGACAGCGGCUUCCAUCAGUUGAGGAGUCGUCCGAAGACAGCGGCUGUGGAGGAAAAGACAGAGUACCAGAGAUUGUUUGUGCCACAUCGGCUCACACCUACAGUCUCUGUGCAUCAUGUGACUGUAGGUCCAAAAGAAGAGAGUGGUUUCACUGAGGGAACAGACCUUCGACUAAACACAUUUCAGGAGAAGAUAAGCUGUUGGGUUGAACCUCUGCAGACUCACGGCUCAGUGAUGAAAAAUGACUUCAUGCCGCCGUCAUUUCUAAAGGGCACUGAGGCGAGUCCGAGCCUGAGCUGCAGCCGUUUUUCCAGAGAAACAGGAUUCACUCGAGGUGCCACCGCUCCCCCGGGCUGCCCAACCUCCCCUCUGCCAUCACCCCAGACUAAAAGUAGUGCACCAACUGAGAGGACAAUUGGAAACAAGGAGCCCACAGGGUUUCUUCUCAAUGCUCCAAACAUCCAUGCUUUCCCUAACACACCUUUUGAUUGUUCACACUUUACUACACAGUAUAGGAGCACGUUCUGUAAAAAUGCUGGUUAUGAAAAGUUGAAAUCUGGACCCACUUGUGCAGGAAUCAUCCGCGCAGAAAUGGACAGCGGAUACAAUCGGCGAGACAUGGAUAGGUUCAUCUUUAGGGGCUAAACCUUCACACACCUCAGAUGGUACCUGCAUGGCUUAAAAUAAAAUGUGUUAACACGUUAA